CACUGUGCGGAUGUAUUUGGGUCAAAACAAGAGGAAGCGUUUCUCUGGAAAGAGAGUCCUGUCUCGACUACUAUGUGGGUUCAAGUCCGCGUAAUAGGCCACUUAUGACAAGUCAGGUGUUGCAAGUUGCCUUCUGCACCGUACAUUAAGCAGCACAAGCAGUGGAGUACGACUGGUCGCUAUAGGGCCACAGUCACAUGCUCUCAUUCCUGCUUUAGUUUCUCUUGAAUGGGAUCACGUCAGCGCGUCAGAGCGCACGGACGGUCUCUGAGAGUUGGCUGCAGACGCGCACUGAGGCUGCAGAAGGACGGAGCGAGCGCGGUGAUGGCUGAGUGACAUUUGAGGGCUGUGUGUGUGUGUGUGUUGCUUAUUUGACAAGAUAGUGAGCUUUGAGGAGACCCUGCGUGACAUGGACCUGACCUUACUGCUCUUUAGAGUGUUUGUUUUACGGACAUGGAGACCGGACACCGUUUGGAUGGACUUUACGCCGUGAGUUCGGUUGGAGGCUAUGGGGCAUUUAUUCUGAAAUAUAAAAUCAAGCAACAGCAUCCGUGGAAGAGGUGAGUUGUGUGGUUCGGAUUAAGCGAUUUUUUUGAUGCACAUGUGGUAAUGUGUGACUGUUAGUUGGUCAUGCUUUUAUAACACACAGAAUGCACUCCUGAUAAAAUCAUGCUCUGACAACUGACAAAAUCAGAUCUCUCAUAUGACACGAUGCAAUCCGUUAUAGGAGCUUACAUGAACAAAACAAAAAUACCUAAAAACAAAGAUUAAGUGUUGCUUUUUUAAAACGAGAACUAUUAUCAAAAUGAGAACAGUCAUAUCCAACUUAAUACAAUUCAUUUCUUUAAUCCACAGGGCUUCUGAUGGUUUUAGUAAGCAGGCAAAGGGAUCCUGUAUUACAGCAGUUUGAGACCUACAACAGAGGAGUUCAAGGUCUCAUUAUUGUACCAAGGAUUUAAGUUACAUCCGUCACUUCAAAACUGCAGCUCAAAUGAUGUCAGAAGUAAUUUGCAAAGUCAGGAGGCCAAUGUCAAACCAAGAGCAGGUUUGCCUCACAUAUCGCCUCCAUCAACAUUCAGUGGAAGAUACAAAGGGUGGGAUUUUUUUCACGCCUGGGCACAGGAGCCCCCUAAAUUCUAACCCUGUGGAUAUAAUGUAGCAGGACAAGCAUUUCUCCAGUGACACAUAUUUAGGAAUGGAUCGCAUGAACCUCACAACUGUCAUCGACUCUGGAUUUCUGGAUGAGGCUUCGUCCAGUCGCGUUCUAACCGGCUGUUUCCUCUCACUGCUCAUUCUCACAACCUUGCUGGGAAACACACUAGUUUGUGCUGCUGUCACCAAGUUUCGACAUCUGCGCUCCAAGGUGACCAACUUUUUUGUCAUCUCACUUGCCGUGUCGGACCUCUUGGUUGCCAUAUUGGUGAUGCCAUGGAAGGCCGUGACAGAGAUCGCUGGGUUCUGGCCAUUUGGCUCUUUCUGUGACACCUGGGUGGCUUUUGACAUCAUGUGCUCCACAGCGUCCAUUUUGAACCUUUGUGUGAUAAGCUUGGAUCGCUACUGGGCCAUAUCUAGCCCGUUUCGCUAUGAGAGGAAGAUGACACCCAGGGUUGCCUAUGUGAUGAUCAGCGUGACCUGGACACUAUCUGUGCUCAUUUCCUUCAUCCCAGUGCAGCUCAACUGGCACAAGGCCCAAACGAAAUCCUUCACUCCUCUCACAGGGUCACCUGGUUCUUCAGGUUUUAACAGUACAUCACAUCGUGGGCCAGAAAACUGUGACUCAAGCCUGAAUAGGACCUACGCCAUUUCCACCUCUCUCAUAAGCUUCUACAUCCCCGUGGUCAUCAUGGUGGCCACAUACACCCAGAUUUAUCGUAUCGCCCACAGACAAAUAAGAAGAAUCUCUGCCCUGGAGCGAGCAGCGGAAAGUGCAAAGAACAGGCAUGACAGCAUGGGUGGAGGUUCCAGCAUUGCAGAAUCAGAGAGUUCAUUCAAAAUGACUUUUAAGAGGGAAACCAAGGUGUUGAAGACAUUGUCUGUGAUCAUGGGGGUGUUUGUUUGCUGCUGGCUCCCUUUCUUCAUCCUCAACUGUAUGGUGCCGUUCUGUGAGAAGUCGGGCGGAGGGGAAGCUUUACCCUGCAUCAGCCCCACCACGUUUGACGUGUUUGUGUGGUUCGGCUGGGCUAAUUCCUCCCUCAACCCCAUCAUCUAUGCCUUCAAUGCAGAUUUCCGCAAGGCCUUCUCCAUCCUGCUGGGCUGCCACAGACUAUAUCCAGGAGGCCACAACAUAGAGACAGUCAGUCUAAACAAGAAAUGACUCAUGACUCUCUCGCAGCACUGACUCAUCCUUUAUGCUAAGAGUCUGAGCGUUCCUGUGCAGGCCGGUUUGAUCGACUUCAAACGAGGAUGCUGCUCUCUGUGUGACUCUAAGUAGAACUGACGGAUACGGUAACCCUAUAUGUACCUGUGUUUGCAUUAGGUGAGUGGCCUGUUUCCGAGCAGGCAAUCGGAGCGAGCUUGCUGUGCUCAUCAUGGUGGAUACUCUGUCUUUCUAACCGAAGAAGCUCCUGAAAAAGGAGAGAGGAUUUUGGGGAUUGAGAUUAAGACUGUGUGCUGUUGUGCCAGGGCGCAGGGAGCACAGCGGUGCUGACACGCCCCUGGGAGAGAUAAUCCCAUGACUGGGCAGCAUACGACCUAAUGCUGUCAGACACUGCUCUCUUCAAUACCAUCACACACGAACGCAAACACAAACACUGUUGAAACAUGCUCAUCCCAAUAGUGUGUAAGCGCUGCACCCAGCAUGCACACUCCAACAAAUAACAUGACAGCACGCAGACAUGCUGUUGCUCAUUAGAUUAACAUUGUGUGCUCUCCUGCAGAAAAGCAUCAAACCAAAUCAUGUUUACACGGGAAUAAAAAUGUAGGUAGGGUUCUCCACGUGUGAUUUAAUAUUCAAGGAAGAAGGAAAACAGACUCGGUUUGUAUCCUGAUUUAUCCUUUAGUGUUUUAUUUCAAACUGACAGAGUAAAGGAUGAAAAUGUGAUAUCAAACUGCUUUUGGAAGUGAAGUUGAGUGAUGGUACUUUUCAUAGUGCAGGUCGUAUCUCAUUGCUAAUGCUGGUUCAUGAUUGUUAUUUAUAACCCAUCUAAAUGUCCAUUCAUCAUGACUUUAUGCGAUGUUUAUUUAACAGAUAUCUCAUGAAUUAUUUAAAAGUUGUUGUUGGGGGUCUUAUGAAAAGACCUAAACAGGCUUGUGGUGUCUUUGGCUGCUUACUUAGAGACUGAUUCAGGGUUGCAUUUGACUGCAAAGUGUGUGCUUAAUUCAGUUUUUAUUUGCCGUUGAAGAAAAUUAUUAAAGGAUGGUUUAGGAUAAAACUGGGACUUAUUUUUUGUUGUUGUUCAGUUAAAAAUUCUGCCGGUUUUUAUAAUAUUGUGGCCCUUAAGAGAUUACUGAAAUUUGGGAACAGAGUCUUAUCAUGUUUCUUUCCCUGUUGUAUUUCAGUGUUAGAAGAUCGCACGAGGUGUAAAUGAAACCUCCAGUUUAGACCCAUUAUUUAGGCCACUCGAGUCAAAGACAAAACUGAAAGAAAGCACAUCAGUAAUCAUUCUUGUUCACACGACUGUGCAAAGUAUAAGUUCUGCCAUUCUGAAAAAGUUAAGCUCAUUCUCAGUAACGUUUGAUGAACUCUCUGUCUGUGCUGCCUGCCUUGAGUGACAAACCAAUACCACUGAAAUGCAGUUGCGUUUUAAAAAUGCAUGAAACAAGCGUACUCGUCCUGAGGACUUUCCACAUCAAAAAUGCCUCCCAUUCUCACAUUACAGCUUGCUUGUUUUCUGCAUUUUGUGUUAGUAAAAACGACAAGAGCCUUGUUUACUGAGGGCGGUGAAGUAUGGACUGACAGCACAUCUCGUUGAAGCUCUCAUGGAAGUUAAAGAUCAUGGCUAAUGCAGUUAUACAUUCUGAUUUUUUUUGCUAUGACGGAAAGAAAACAAAAUGUGUUUUUCUUAAUGAUUUCCCACAAUAUAAUCCAACCAGAGAGGUCAGAACAGUUCACCAACACUGAAUUAGGAAGUUCCUCUGUGUACUGUGAUGUGUUUACAUGGAAAGACUGCAACAACUCUCCCAGUUCAGUAUGAGUUUGACAGAGCUAAGGGUUUGUUUGACACUUUUGGUUAAUAAAUGGAUCCCAUAUCUCAUCAGACAUCUGUAAAGCUGCCUCAUACAUGUCCCCAGAUUUCAGCACUUAAAGCAGCUGGACUGACAAAAUGAGAGACAUGUUUAUCAGCUGUCCUACCUGUCUUCUUUGAAUGUCUGUCACAGAUGACAGGACUACAAAGAGAUUACACAGGGUUAAAAAAUAGACACAGAACCCUGGGAAAUCUACAGACUUCAACAAGGAAACUUGGGAUAAACAAAAAUGGACCAAAUAUUUCUAUCUGACCAUUUGAGAUGCUUGUUCUCUUUGUUUUGUUUCUCAUUUUGACAGAGUUGGGCUUACUCUUUUCUCCACUAUUUUGGGGCUGAAGCUUUAUAUUAGAUGGAUAGAUGUAUAUUGCUUGGCAGAAAAAUACACAUAUUUGUCCAAAAGUCAACCCCAUCGUUUGAUUCAUGACUAAAAUAAGCAGCUUAAACUUUGAUCGCAAGUCCAACAAGGUAGAAAGUAAUGAACCAUCAACAGUUACUUCUCAUUGCUGACCGCUUUUGUGAGAUGGCUGCAGCUGAAAUCUAUGACACAAAGGAAACUUGUAGGCGUUUGUACUUGACCGAACGAAUCUCUGAAUACAUGACCUUGCAGCAAAUGCAAUCAGGAAAGUUUGUUUAAAAAAUUUCUGCUGUAUCGAAUUCUUCAUUAUUUGUCCUUUUAAUGGUAAAAAUUCACUGUGUUGUGUGUUACUGCUUGCGCUAGGAUGAACAGCUUUGACCCCAACAGAUCAAACUACCAAAAGCAGAUUUCACACCAAUGUUUUAAGAGUUAAAAUUAACUUGACCGGCAGUGUCUCACAACUAAAAUCUCACUCUUGCAUAAUGAGUGUGGAGUUCAUGUGUCUGUUCAGCCUGGUGAUGUAUUGGUAUCAUUAGCAGAAUGAAAGAGCCAAUCUGGAGGUCUGAAUAGCUCAGAAUAAUGGGAAGAUCAGUGACUGGCUCCUCUUUUUCAUUCAUUCAUUUUCAUAAUACAAUGAUUGACUUAACUCUUUAAAAUAAUUACUUUAGAUAAAUGCUUGUCCUCAGCUAAACCAGAAGACGGGAGUGACUGUAAAUUUAAGCAGCUCUUACACUGAGGGGGCUUCUUUCAGGAGAACCUGCACACCCUCCUCUGUUUAGAUGCCUGAAUGAGAGCGAGGACACUAGUGUAUAGUUUAAAGGGAUAUUCUGGUGUAAAAUUGAUUUAGGGUCAAACACACCGUAUCACUGAGUUAGACACCCCCUCCUGAGAUGAAUGUUGCCGACCACUUGCUUCUCUAGUUAUACCAACUU